UCAUCAUCCUCGUGCCCUCACAACCGCUGCUCCACAAAGGCCAGAAGAAGAAGAAGAAGAAGAAGAAGAAGAAAAAUAGAAGAAGAAGAAAAGGUGGAGGACCCAGACCAGGACCAGGACCAGGACCACACGGAAUGCAGUGCCGUGCCCUGGACAGGAAGUGACCUCACCGACUGUAGGAGGUGAAGAUGAGACGACAGCAGAACGCAUCCAGAUGACGGACGGACAGACGCCCCUUGUGCCCCGCCCACUCACCUGUCCACCAUGUUGAUCAGGAAGAAGCUGUGCGUUGUGGCGCUGAUCACCGCCAUCCUCUUCCUCAUGCUCGCCAGUCAGAGCAUCCAGAAGGGGCACUUCCUGUCCUUAGCCACGCCCCCCAGCCGGGUCACGCCCCACAGAGGAGGAGGCAGCGUAGACACAGUACUUGACUUGUUAGCGCCACCAUCUGAGCUGAUCCCUGACCCCACCAAGACCCAUCACCCUCCCAACACCACCCGAACCCCAAAGAAGCUGGAGCUUGUGCAGGAGGCGGGGCCUCCAGAGGAGAAGGUGGAGCCUGUAGUGGAGGGAGAGAAGCCCAGGUGUGGUUGUUCUGGAUCCUGUAUUUCAGACCUGGGAGGAUCUGACUGGUUCAGCCAACAUUACGACCCCAAACAACAGCCGGUCCUCCAUGAAAAAGACAACAACCUGGACCCGGACGGCCUCAAGUGGUGGCUGGGUCUUCAGCGGUCCGGAAAUGACCACACUUUGGAGGAAGUGAUGGCAGAGAUGUUUCGGGUCAUUUCCCCACCCACUGUGGACUUCAGGCCCCUCCCCUCUCGUUGCCGUAAAUGCGCUGUGGUCGGUAACUCUGGAAACCUGCGACAGUCGGGACACGGACAACUGAUCGACUCCCACGAAUUUGUGAUCCGUAUGAAUAAGGCGGUGACGAGAGGCUUUCAGAAGGACGUGGGGAAUCGGACAACGCAUCACUUCCUGUAUCCGGAGAGCGCCGUAGACGUAGGCGGUGGCAUCAGCCUCGUCCUGCUGCCCUUCAAACUCAGAGACCUGGAGUGGCUGACCAGCGCUCUGUCCACCGGACAGAUCAAAAUGACCUACAUGAGAGUAAAAGACAGAAUAGAAGCCGAUAAAGAUAAGGUUCUGGUGGUAAACCCCGGAUUCUUUAAAUACGUUCAUGAUCACUGGACGGAACAUCACGGCCGCUACCCGUCCACCGGCAUGUUGGCCAUCAUCUUCGCACUGCACAUCUGUGACCAGGUCUCAGUUUUCGGUUACGGUGCUGAUCAACAGGGGAACUGGCACCACUACUGGGAGGAGAACCGCUACGCCGGCGCCUUCAGGAAGACCGGCGUCCACAGCGCCGACUUCGAGACCGAGGUCAUCCACCGCCUCGCCGAGGAGAAUAAGAUCAACCUGCACCUCUGACCUCUGACCUGUGACCUGUCCUCUGGACCGAGUCCGGACCUGGACCGGGAUCAGCACUGUGGGUCGUUGUGUGAGUGACAGACGUGGUUUUCUGUGGAUUAGUCUUUUUCUCAGACACCUGAUCUACCUGUGGGCAGAGUUCGGUGAACAGAAGCGCCUUAGAUAUCAUGUGGGAGGUGCUUAUAUCAGUGGGAGGGGCCUAUCACUAAUGUGAGUUAAACGUAUUUGUGUGCUGGUUCAGAUCAACUUGCUGUCUGCGACUGCAACCACAAAAAACUCCAAGUGGAAAAAACCACCAUGUUUUUUUUAUAUAUUUUAUAGAAUUUUAUAGAUAUUAAUGGGGAUAACCUCUUUUUUUAAUCGCAGCACUUUUAUCUGAGGAAGUUCGACAUCGUGUUAUGGGCGUUUUAGGGAAAACAGAAGACAGGAGGCUGUAGGAGGGAGGGGAUUUGAGGAAAUGGCUCAUAAUUUACAACAAAAAGAGAAAAUGGAUGAGGCCUAGUUUGUUCCCAAACAUCUCAACAAACCAAUGUACAAUCAACCUGUUAAAACUGAAUAAUGUUUAUUUCUCCUGGACCACAUUCAGAUCCCACUUAGCACUUUACCUUUUUAUUCCUAACAUGACUUCUAAUGGGUUUUUUCCUGAUAAUUUGUGACAUAAAUGUUUAAAUUCCAGACUUUUUCACCCCUUCCUCCUGUUCGUUUCACCUAAAGCGUCUCUAACACGUUGUCGUACUAAAAUGUGUCUUCUCUUCGUAUUUUAUAUCUUUCUUAUUCCAUCCAUUUAUCCUAACUCGAGCCGUCCUCAAAGACUGAAACAGGACGCAGAUAUCCUGUCGAAUCCACUUUUGUAUUAACGUCCUUCCUGACCAUAUAUGGAGUGGAAUGGGAGGAGCCUGUGUCGAGUAGGAGGAGCCUGUGUUUGGUUCUCAGCCUGUGAUUGGACCAUGUUGAAUAGGUGUGUUUUCCUGCUGACAGUCAACGUGAGCCGCCAAACCUGUAAAACUGAAACGCUUGAGACGAGGCCACUUUGACAAAGGUUUAUUGAAGGAAACGUGGUCAGAGUCCCAAACGGAACCGAACCAAAACCGCCGCCCACGUGACAGGAGUCAGCCCACUUCCUGCCGAACACCUGAAACUGUGAGCGAGGUUUCUUUUAUAAUCGCGAGGAAGGCGCCGUCUGAUUGGCUGUGAAAUGUCGACCAAUCAGGUGGCGGCGUCCUCGCGAACACGAAUGACCUGAAAAUAGAAAACUCGUGAGCUGUGAAUGUUUGACAGUUUGAAUGUUCGUCUCCAGUUUUCAGGACGUUUUCAUAACAGUUUCAUCGUUAAAUUCUGUUUGUAUCGUGGAGGAGUUGGAAUUAUUCGAAGGUCAGAUGUUUAACAGGUUCUACACAAGAAUUAAUGGACAAAAAAAAAGGCGCCGUUCAUCUCAUGCAUCGUUUUUUCUUGUUUAGAU